CCAUAUUGUGUUGGCAUUAUUUUUUGACAAACGAAUAGAUUUAUCUAGAAUUAUUUUAGAUGUUUUAUUUAGACUUAGAGUCCUAGCAUGUGAAGGAAGAGGAAGAGGAAAGAGCUUGAAGAGAGAAUUCUAGUCCUACUUGGAUUCUAAUCCUACUUGGUUUACAAUUCAUAAUGAGGAGGCCAUGGUUGAGAAUCCUAAGCACACUCUAACAUGGCUAUUCUAUUCUAUUAAUAUCUUCACCCUCCCUUAGAGUUUUGGACGGACAAAACUACGAAAAACCAGAAGCAAAUUCGAUCAAAAGAAAAAAACACAAGGUGCAGAUUUUGAGACUGUAAAUUCUCUUGACAGCCCGCACGGAUUUGAUCAUCGCCGGAGAUCCGACCGUUGGAUUUUGCAGAAAUUUUCAGAGAGUGUUCCCAACACAUAGGGCUUCAACGUGUUCAAAUUUCACGUCAAUCGGAGUUACGGAUCUUCUGUUAUCGAAGUUACAAUCUACACACUGUUGCUGAUUUUUUUUUUUUUGCAGAAAACACUGCCCUGGUUUUCUCGAUGGUUGAGGACCAAAUCUUGUCUGAUCGUGCUGAAAUUUUAGGAGGAGUCUAAGGACUCGUGGAGCUUCAAUCUGAACGGUGGAGAUCGAAUUUCAACGGUUCAAUCUCGAGUUAUGAGCUUCUGAACAGCCUGCAUAUUUUUGUAGAUCAAGAAGAAUCUUUAUUUGAAGGUGUAUUGGAAUCUACGUCCUUGAAGAAGAUCUUUGAGAAGGUGUAACAAGUCGUGGAGAUAGACGCAAACCGAGUUUGUCGUCAAGUCAUUCGUAAGUAGACAAAUCAAUACAUUAGAAGGUUAUGUUGUGAUUGAUUGUGUAAUUCUUACGGUGAUUUAGUGGAAAGGCUAUUACACGGAUGUGGGCCUUGCAGACGUAGGAGAAUUUGCUCCGAACUGCGUGAACAAUUCUGUUGUCUUGCUUGCUGUUUUUUACUUCAUAUUUUACGUGUGUGCUUGUGACAGAGAAGUAUUAUAGCACACUGUUCGUCAUCUGUUACUGGACAGUGCUGCAGCGUCUUCUCUGCAGCAUAGUGGAUUGAUUUGUUUGCAUAGCUCUUAAUUGGUGAUUUCCACGCGCUCCCACGAACUUUCAUUGUGGAGGAAGAGCAAGAAGGAGAGCUUGAUUAUGAUGAAUUGGAGGAGAUGCUUGAAGAGAUUGAACCUAGGGAUUCGAUGCCACCAGAUUCAAGAAUUACAGAACUGAUGAUGGAAACAACAAUGAUGAUGAUGAUGAUGAUCAGCUCACAAUUCUUGAAGAAAUUGAGGAUUUGACAGUGGGAUGAAUGGAAAUGGGAAUGAUGAUGUUGGGUUUGGUGAUUAAAAACUGUUUUUUUUGUAAAACUUGAAAACAUGUGGAAGGAGGGAAAGUGGUGAUUGAUUUUGGAAGGUUCUGGAUACGCGUCGGGGAAGUAACAGCGCCAUAAGAUGGCGCUGUUCAGACGCUUCUUCUAUCGCAAACCGCCCGACCGGCUGCUCGAGAUCUCAGACCGGGUUUACGUGUUUGAUUGUUGCUUCUCCACAAAUGUGUUGGAUGACAAUGAGUACAAGACAUACUUUGGUGGAAUUGUUUCUCAGCUGCACGAUUAUUAUCAGGAUGCUUCUUUCAUGGUUUUCAACUUCAAAAAACAGAACACGACAAGCCCAAUAUCCGAAAUCAUGUCCCGAUAUGCUAUGACUGUCAUGGAUUAUCCUUUGCAACACGAAGGGUACCCAAUAUUGCCAUUGGAGAUGAUCUACCACUUUCUGCGGUCCAGCGAGAGCUGGCUGUCACUUGAAGGCCAGCAAAAUGUGCUUUUGGUUUAUUGUGAGAGGGGAGGGUGGCCUUUGUUAGCCUUUAUGCUCGCAGGCCUUCUUUUGUACAGAAAACAGUACACCGGCGAGCAGAAGACUCUUGAGAUGAUAUACAAACAAGCCCCAAGAGAGCUUUUUUAUCUCUUGUCUCCUUUCAAUCCGCAGCCGUCCCAGCUUAGAUAUCUUCAGUAUAUCUCCAGGAUAGGUUUUGGGUUGGAUUGGCCUCCACCAUCAGACACAUUCUUAGCUUUGGACUGUGUCAUACUUAGGUUCCUUCCUUUCUGUAAGAAUGGAAGGGGAUGUCGCCCGGUAGUUCGUGUUUACGGUCAGGAUCCUUCUUUAGUUAAGCCCAAUAAGACUUCCAUGCUUCUUUCUUCAGCUUCAAAGACAAUAAAACAGUACCGGCUCUACCAACAGGAGGAGUGCGAGCUAGUUAAAGUAGACGUUCCUUGUCGUCUCAAGGGAGACAUUGUUCUUGAGUGUGUACAUGUGGAGGAUGAUGAUGAUCAUGGUCUAGUAACUGAGGAAUUGAUGUUCAGAGUCAUGUUCCACACGGCUUUCAUUCGCUCAAAUGCUUUGAUACUUACCCGAGAUGAAAUCGACGCUCUCUGGGAUUUGAGGGAGAGAUUUUCACCAGAGUUUAGAGUCGAGGUUCUCUUUGCAGAUGCCGAUGCAGUUCCAUCCAUUAUCACCAGAGAAGAACCAUAUGUGGAUGAGAGUGACACGUCUUCAGCGGCCUCGCCCGAAGAGUUUUUUGAGGCAGAAGAGAUAUUCAGCAGCAUUGUUGAUGGACAGGAGGGAAGGGAUUUCUCUGAUGCUCCUCCCACUGCUGGAGAAGUGGUCUGGAAGGAAUUGGAGCAUCACUCUUUUGUGGAUUGCGCAUCUGACGAAGGAAAUCAAAGGCACGACAACGAUCAUGAAAUAAAAACCCACACGGUAUGCAAUGGGAAUAAGGAGUUAAUCUCCAUUAACCACCUUCCUGAAGUUUCGUCAGGUAUAGAAGAAUCUCAAGACCUGUCUCAGAGUGUUCACGACGAACAAGAUGAGCUUGAGAAGAAUAAAAAUAGAGAAAUAAAACCCACUCAGAAUUUCGAAAGGCAACGUUCCCUAAAGAAAAUCGAAGGUGACAGUAACAUGCUGCAGUCUGAUAAUGUUCUUCUCCCUGAUUCCCCAAAGAAACAACCACCAGCAGAUGCUUCUACAAAGAAACUGCCAGUAGAAAAGUCAUAUGCUGAGGACAAUAAACAAGAUAAGGAAAGAAUGUCAACAAAGAAGUUAGAAAUGGAUGCUGAUGGUAAAAACCAUAAUAGGACACAUCCACAAGCCAACUCUGAACCUUCUGCAGAUGCGUCUUCAAAGAAAGAUCCACUAUCACAGUCAAAUGAUGGAGAUAAAGAUCAAGAUAAAGAAAGAACAACAACACACAAUAUAGAAAUGCAGGCUUACCAGCAUAAAAUUGAUGCUGAUAGUGAUAAUGUACCCCCUGCUUCCCCAAAUAAACAGCCGCUAGCCAACUCAGAACCUUUAAAGGGCGAGGCUCUUCCAACACCACCUAUAUCAUAUGGAGUGCGCCCACAACCUCCUCCUCCUCCUCCACCACCACCACCACCUAGUAUACGUAUUUCUACACAAUCAACUCAAAACCUCAUAGAAGCACCAAAACCACAACCUCCACAUAGUGGACCUGCGAUUCCCCCACCCCUUUGGGAAGGUGGAGCAUCACUACUCCGAUCCGCUACAGGAGUUGGAGCACCCCCUCCACCACCUCCACCUCUUGUAGGAGGUGGGUUACAACCUGUUCUGCAUUCCUCAAGUGGCGGACUACCAGUUUCCACACCUUCUCCAAUAUAUGGAAGAACUCCACCUCCUCCACACCCUUCAAGUGGGGGACAAAUUCCUUCCUCACUAACUCCAAUAGGUGGAGAACCACUUCCCCUACCCCCUCCAGCGAUACAAUCUCCACCCCCUCCUUCCGGAGCUGGAAGAAAACCUAAUACACCUCUUCCAGGUUGUGCUCCAAUUGCUCCUCCACCCGUGCCUUGUCUUGGUUCUCAUCAUCCUACAAGUUCAUGUGGACCUCCAUCACAACCAAGUGGUCGUGGACCCCCUUCACCACCAGGUUGUCCUAUACCUCCUCCACCACCAGGUGGUCCUGUACCUCCUCCUCCACCAAGUGGUCCUGGACCUCCUCCACCACCAGGUUGUCAUGUACCUCCUCCACCACCAGGUGGUCCUGUACCUCCUCCACCACCAAGUGGUUCUGGACCUCCUCCACCACCAGGUGGUCGUGGACCUCCUCCACCACCAGGUUGUCCUGUACCUCCACCACCAGGUGGUCCUGUGCCUCCUCCACCACCAAGUGGUCCUGGGCCUCCUCCACCACCAGGUGGUCGUGGACCCCCUCCACCACCAGGUUGUCCUAGACCUCCACCACCACCAGGUGGUUGUGGACCUCCUCCACCACCACGUUGUCCUGGACCUCCACCACCACCAGGUGGUUGUGGACCUCCUCCACCACCACGUUGUCCUGGACCUCCUCCACCACCAGGUGCUCCUGGACCUCCUCUUCCACCAGGGGCUCCAAGACCUCCAGGAGGUGCACCUCUGCCACCAGGGAAUGGCCUUCCCGGUGGAAGAGGUCGUGGAGCCGCUGGAAGAGGACUUGCUGGAGCUGUUCGAAGAUCGACCUUGAAGCCUUUGCAUUGGAGUAAGGUAACCCGAGCACUACAAGGAAGCCUGUGGGAAGAAUUGCAGAGACAUGGAGAGCCUCAAAUUGCACCAGAAUUUGAUGUGUCAGAAAUUGAGACUCUAUUUUCUGCAGUAGUCACCAAAUCAAAUAAAAGUACAUCUGGAGAUAAACAGAAGUCCGCUGGAUCCAAACCUGACAAGGUUCACUUGAUUGACUUGAGGAGGGCCAACAAUACUGAAAUUAUGCUCACAAAGGUCAAGAUGCCACUUCCUGAUAUGAUGGCUGCUGCAUUGGCAAUGGAUGAGUCAGUUUUGGAUGCUGAUCAAGUAGAAAAUCUUAUAAAAUUUUGUCCGACAAAAGAAGAGAUUGAACUUCUUAAGAAUUACACUGGGGACAGGGAGAUGCUGGGGAAGUGCGAACAGUUCUUCCUGGAACUGAUGAAGGUGCCACGUGUGGAGUCAAAAUUAAGAGUAUUCCUCUUCAAGAUUCAAUUCAACACACAGGUAUCAGAUUUCAGAAGAAGUAUGACCAUCGUGAACUCUGCUUGUGAAGAGUAUCAGGUACGAAGUUCUAUGAAAUUGAAGGUUAUCAUGAAAACAAUAUUAGAUCUUGGGAACACAUUGAAUCGAGGAACAGCCAGAGGUGCUGCGGUUGGAUUUAAGUUGGAUAGCCUUUUAAAACUUACCGAUACACGUGCUAACAACAGGAUGACACUCAUGCAAUUUCUUUGUAAGUCUGUAGCUCAAAAGUCACCUGCACUUCUGGACUUUCAUGUGGAUUUUGUUAGUCUAGAAGCUGCAUCAAAGAUACAGUUGAAGGCUUUAGCCGAGGAAAUGCAGACCAUCACAAAGGGAUUGGAAAAAGUAAAGCAGGAACGCACUGCAUCUGAGAAUGAUGGUCCUGUUUCCGAAACAUUCCGCAAGACACUGAAGGAAUUCAUUGGAGCCGCUGAAGCAGAAGUGACAUCUUUGACAAAUUUAUAUUCUGUAGCGGGCAGGAAUGCAGAUGCACUAGCCCUGUAUUUCGGCGAGGAUCCAGCACGAUGCCCAUUCGAGCAAGUUGCUACAAUCCUUUUGAACUUCACAAGGUUGUUCCAGAAAUCCCACGAGGAGAACUUGAAACAGGCCGAACUAGAAAAGAAGAAAGCCCAGAAGGAGGCCGAGGCAGAGGAUGCCAAAGGAAGAAACCAGACAGAAGAGCCUCAGACAGAUUGAAAUCGCUUCAACUAUGGAUUUUUGAAGCAUUUGAAGAAAGAAACUGAUCUGGG